AUGGCACGCGUAGAGACGGAUUUCGACGCCCUUAUCGUCGGGGCAGGCUUCGGCGGCAUCUACCAGCUAUAUCGGCUGAGGGAGAUAGGCCUCUCUUGCAAGGUGAUAGAUAUGGCCAGCGAUGUCGGGGGUACCUGGUAUUGGAAUCGCUACCCUGGCGCCAUGAGCGACACAGAGAGCUUCGUCUAUCGGUUUUCGUGGGACAAAGAGGAUUUGCGAACUUACCCAUGGACUCAUCACUAUGUCAAACAGCCUGACGUUCUAGCAUACCUAGAACAUGUAGUCGAGCGACACAACCUUCGAAAGGAUAUGCAGUUCAACACCGAACUCCUCUCGGCCGUCUGGAACGACACAUCCAAGUAUUGGCAAGUGGAACUAAGCACUGGGGAGAGCCUCAAGGUGCGCUAUCUCGUCACCGCACUGGGCUUGCUGUCGAAAGCCAACUACCCGGACAUCCCUGGUAUCGACACGUUCCAGGGGCUGAAGAUUCACACGGCCAAAUGGCCUCGAGGACUCGACCUGACGGGCAAGCGUGUGGGCAUUAUCGGCUGCGGCUCGACAGGAGUGCAGGUCAUCACCGACAUCGCCUCGCGGGUCAAGUCUCUGACCUGCUUCCAGCGCCAUCCUCAGUACAGCGUGCCCAGCGGCGAUCGGCCUGUCGACCCGGCCUACCGCGAGUGGGUGAAUGCCAACUACGACGCCAUCUGGGCCCAAGUCAAAGACUCGACCGUGGGGUUUGGGUUCGUCGAGUCGACGACCCCCUUCAAGUCCGUGACUUCGCAAGAGGAACGCGACACGAUCUUCGAGACGCUCUGGGAGGCCGGCAACGGCUUCCGUUUCAUGUUCGGCGGCUUCAACGACCUGGCCACGGACCGGGAAGCCAACGAGGCCGCGUGCGAGUUCAUCCGCAACAAGAUCCGGCAGAUCGUCAAGGACCCCGAAAAGGCGCGCAAGCUGCAGCCGCACGACUACUACGCUCGCAGACCGCUCUGCGACGGCGGAUACUUUGAGCAGUUCAACCGCGACAAUGUCGAUAUAGUACACCUACAAGAAACGCCGAUCACGCGUAUCACCGAGCGCGGCGUCCUUACCAGCGAUAACAAACUGUACGAGCUCGACGUGCUCAUCUUCGCCACGGGCUUCGACGCCAUCGAGGGCAACUACAACCGCAUCCGCAUCCGCGGGCGCAACGGCCUCACCCUCAAGGACUACUGGGACCCCCAGGGGCCGACGAGCUACUUGGGCGUCUCGGUGCCUCACUUCCCCAACCUCCUACUGAUCACAGGCCCUCAGGGCCCCUUCACCAACCUGCCCCCCGCCCUCGAGGCCCACGUCGACCUCAUCUCGCGUCUGAUCGCCCGCGCAGAGGAGCUCCGCAAGGCAAGCUCCCCGGAACCCAACCCGACGACACCCGUCGUCGAGGUGACGCCCGAGGCCGAGAAGGAGUGGUGUCUCGAGUGCGAGCGCGUCGCCGAGGGCAGCUUGUUCAAGGAGACGGCUAGUUGGAUCUUCGGCCAGAACGUGCCGGGCAAGAAAUACGCCUUGCGCUUCUUCUUUGGUGGCCUCAAGGCCUUUUACGAGCAUGUGCAGAGGGUCAUUGAUAAUGGCUACGUUGGGUUCAAGGGCCUGGGAGAAAGCAAAGGAGAUGAGCCAGUGACGGCGGUUGAGUCGAGGCCCCUGACAGCACGCUUGUAA